GCGCCGGAAGUAGCGUCCCUCGCGCCGGAAGCGGGGGUUUGGCCCGGAAGUGCGGAGCGGGAGGCCAUGGGUUGCGACGGGGGCACCAUCCCCAAGCGGCACGAGCUGGUGAAGGGGCCGCGCAAGGUGGAGAAGGUUGACAAAAAUGCAGAAUUAGUAGCUCGGUGGUAUUACUGCGCUCUGAGUCAAGAAAAAUUAACCAGACCAAUUGUAGCCUGUGAACUUGGGAGGCUAUAUAACAAAGAGGCCGUCAUUGAGUUUUUACUUGAUAAGUCAUCUGAUAAAGUUGUGGAAGCUGCGUCACACAUCAGGAGCAUUAAGAAUGUCACAGAGCUGAAUCUUACUGAUAAUCCUGCCUGGAAUGGUGAUAAAGGGAAUACAAAAGGGGAUAAGUAUAAUGACAUCCAGUGUGCAUGCUUUAUUUGCCCUGUGGUGGGCUUGGAAAUGAAUGGCAAGCACAGGUUUUGUGUCUUGCGGAAUUGUGGGUGCGUGUUCUCUGAACGUGCUCUUAAAGAAAUUAAAGCAGAUGUUUGCCACAAGUGUGGUGUUCCCUUUCAAGAAGAUGAUGUGAUUCUACUUAAUGGCAAUAAAGAUGACGUGGAAAAUCUGAAGAAGAGAAUGGAGGAUAGAAGACUUAAAAAUAAAUUGGGAAAGAAAUCAAAGAAAUGCAAGGCAGCAGAAUCAGUUUCUCAACAGGACGCCACUGAAGGUUCUCCUGGACCGUCCAAAGUAAAGAAUGUAAAUGAUGACCUGAACUCUAGUUCUGGAGAAAAGAAACAGAUUAUAUUCACCAAAGGCACAGAGGCUAUUGGAAGUUCAUCAACUGUGCCAGGAAAAGCUGCUUCAUCUGGUACCACCAAGAGAUGUAUCACGGAGAGGGAGGAUAAAUCGGAGGCAUACAAAUCUAUUUUUACAUCACACAGCUCAGCAAAACGCUCCAAGGAAGAAUCUUCCAAUUGGAUUACUCACACAGCAUACUAUUUCUGAAACAAUACUCUGCAUGAUUGUAACAGGCAGUUCUGCUUUCCUUCCUUAGGCUUUUUUCUGGAAAACUGAUACAGUGUAUUCAUUUAUAAUUGGAUGUUAUUUGGAAUUACUCAAUUUGCAAGUUGUUUAUAACUUUCUGAAUAGCCAAUACACUUUGCUUCCCUGUAGAUACUGUUAGGUAAGAAGAAGAUGGCAGUCAUCCUUGUCCUAAUAAAAUCAGGAAGUCUUUGUAAAUUCAAAAUUCUGCAGGCUCAUUCUGUCAUCUUCAGUCACAAUGACUUGUGUCUUGCUCUUGGUUCCAGUGUAAGUGAAGGGCACAGUUAAAAAUACACUUUUCUGUGCUAUCAAUUUUAGCUGAAACUGUCAUUGCACUUUUGUUUGGAUUCAGUAAGAAGGCUGAACUUUUUUUGUAACUACCUAACGUUGCUUACAACCAAUAAAAGAACAAUGAGACUGCUUUUCAUACCUUAGCUAAUUUAACCCUCAUAACCAGCAUGUUUUUCCCUUUUCAUGGUUCUGUAGAGCACUUUCAGUGUUUGUCCUGGAGUCAUAUGGCAAUCUUAGAAGUAAAGAGAGAGAUUUUUUUACAAGAACUGUCUAUUCCAUUUAUCUGAAAAAUAUAAAGAUCUUAGCAAAAUGCGUGGAUUAGCAGACAAAACGGCCAUAGCUUUGGAGUCCUGACCCACCAAAGCAAGUAGGGCAAAUCACUAUGUCUGUGUAUUUGUAAAAUGGGAUUAAGACCUCCUUUUCUAAAAAUGCUUUGGCAUCUUCUGAUGGAAAAAUCUAUAAAAGAUGGGUAUCGUGGCUAGCACCAUCUGGUUAAAGCCCAUUUAUGAUUCUAGCACAUGAAAAUGCAGAUCAUGGGUCCAUACACACAUUGAAAGAACAGUGAUUCUGGCACAAGGGUUUGGAUGGAAGUGCAGACAAUCGCAGAGCACUCCUUGGGCCAAUUGCUAACACAAUCAGUUUUUGAAAAUUUGUGUGUGCAAAGUAGAUUCUGCAGUUUGGCCCAUUUGCUGAUUUUCGUAUCAAAAUCUAAGACUUAAGCAAAAUUAAGGAGUUUGCUUUUAUGUAUUUUAAAUGUUUUCUGUGCUGAAUAGCAGCUGUUCACAGUGACUGCCUAAGGAAGGUGGGGAGGGGAGGGAGGAAUUGGAACUGAAAACUUCAAGGUCUCUUCCCAGCUGUUUUUCUGACAGUGCUAAUUUCAUUCUUUCAAUGCAGUUUAAUUGAGGGUAGUUAGACUGUGGAAGAGCAGGCUCUGCAUUUCAAUGCAUAUUCUACUUCUUCCUUGGAAGUGUUUGGAGGAUUUUUCUAUCAUAGGACGAAUCUCAGAACUCAUCCAUGGGUGGAAGGGAUAAAAAGCUGUGGGCUAAAUUUUUGGAGAGUUUCCAAAAAACUUAAAUUUGUGAAGGAAAAUAUUUCCUUUGUAUUAUAGUGUUAUAUGUCCAAAUGCCAUUCACAAUCAGGCUUUUGUGCGCGCAAACAGUUGUGCCCACAUACUCUAGUAUGCUUUGAUAAAGACCAUUUUAAACCUGGGCCCUGUAUUUCUGUCCGUGGAAUGAUUCUCUUUCCUUAUGCAUACUGGUUUGCAGUAAGUGAAACGUGCUGCCUUCAAAACAGCUCCAUAACCCAUGAUGCUAGAUUCCUAGUCUUAGACUAUUAAAACACAAUGAACAUUUUGGGGGUUUUAAAUUGAGGCAAGUCUCAAAACUUAUAUAUAAGGGUGUUUCAGAAAGUAACAGUAAUUUUGAAAUAAAACCCAUUUUGCAUGUAGUGAUGGUUUACAGGAGCACAUUACUUCUCUACGUAGUUGCAAACAAUUGGCGCAUUCAACAGUGCCGCCAUCUGUGUUCCCCCCUGUUGUGUAGUUUUUUCCUAUUUUGCCAGACCAUACAGUGUGGGCAACCAUUUUGUCAUUACUUUCUGAAAUGCCCUUGGAGAUGAGACUGCUACUAUGCGGAGCAAGAAAUAGCGUCUUGCUCUUAUUUUCAUUAAGUCUCUCCGUGUAAUUUUGUUUGAAGAAAAGUGGUCGAUCAUGUCAUAUGACCACAGAUAUUCAUGUUAGCAUGCAUGGGGCACACUAUCCCAAUGCUUAUGAUGUUUGAAUUGAGCAGUUGUUAGUUUUAUUGUGAGCUUUCCUUAGUCAAUAAUUCUGUUAUGUUAUGAUUCUCAAUUUAGACAGUAAUUACCUACAUAAAGUGAUCAAAGUAAAGUCUGGAAGCUUCCCCUUUUCCCCUCCCCCUCCCUUCACUACACAUUUUCACUAGCCUUGGUUCAAACUAAGCAGGAUAGAAUUACAAUAAGUAGGAAGAUAUUUAAAGCUACUGCACAAUAUAACGUAGUUACUUUUGUGUGUUAAAAUGAUUAAUUAGUCUUGUAAUUUAUUUUGAAAAGUGUCUCCAUUUGUAAUCUGUAAUAGUUAAUUGGAAAUUCAGAUGAUUUGUUUAUGUUUGCACAGGUAGUCUUUCUGAUUCAUGUGUGUUGAAUGCAACUGCUGAUAUUUUCUUAUUAUUUUGAUAAGCAUAAUUAAGCAAUUGUUUCCACAGUUGGUUUGUCAUGGAAUUUUACAUGGUAAGCAUUUUUGUUUUCCAAAUAUAGGAUACAGUCUUGUAUUUUUUCACAUCAAAACAGUUUGCAUUUCAGUUGAGCUUCACUGAAUCACUUUGCUACAUUUGUCUAUGUGCUAGCAUGAGCUUUAUUCUUCCUGUAUUUUUUCUCUUCAUUAUUAUUCUCUUUAUUAUUUGGUAAUGACAGACGAUAAGCUCAAUGCAGGAAAAGAUACACAAUGACAGUCACUUCUCUUCUUUUGCAGUCUAAUUCUAUUUUGAGAGCGUGCACUUAACUCCUACUUUUUAUUUUGUUGGGCUGCAUUUCUUUUAUUUUUGGAACAUAUACCAGCCCCAUGAGAUUAUAGUUUAGUUCUUAUUUUAUUUGGUUAUUAUGUAUUGCUUUGCUACCAUGUAUAAGAAUAUGAGCAUAAAUAUUUUAGAACUUGGA